AUGGGGAAGGAGAGGACGGUGGCUUUGGAGCGCGCAAAAAAGGCGACGGCGAAGGCCUUCACUGAUAUGUACUCGAUGCCUAAUGGAGAACAGGAACAGGACCCUGAAGGGGAGGCGAGUGCGGACGAGAGCAGUGAAUGGCAUUCUGACGGAGGAGAGGACGAGGAGAGCGACGACUCAAGUGAUGGUGAGGAAGUCGACUCGCCUCCUCGCAACGAAAGUGCUGCUACCUCUGGAACUUCUGCUUACAAGAAUGAGGACGAGGAGAUGGAAGAUGCGGUUACUUCAACCCCAGAUGACGACGAGGACGUGCCGCUGAGGCCUUCAGGAAGAAGGAACAGGAAGACGUGGACUGGAAAGACGCCUUAG